CAGGAGCUGAAGUGCUCGGCAUGGCUGGCCCCGGCGCCGCGCCGCUUGAACUCCAGCCUGCCUGUGAAUAUCGGGGUGCUCUUUGUGCCGCAGCAGGAGGCUUGGGUGGUGGAGAGGAUGGGCAAGUUCCACCGAAUCCUCGAGCCUGGUUUGAACUUCCUCAUCCCUCUGCUGGAUAGGAUUCGUUAUGUGCAGAGCCUCAAAGAAAUUGUCAUUAAUGUCCCAGAGCAGUCAGCUGUCACCCUAGAUAAUGUCACCCUGCAGAUCGAUGGUGUGCUCUAUCUGCGGGUUAUGGACCCCUACAAGGCCAGUUAUGGGGUGGAAGAUCCUGAAUAUGCAGUAACUCAGCUGGCCCAGACCACCAUGAGGUCUGAACUUGGCAAACUCUCCCUCGACAGAGUCUUCCGGGAGCGGGAAUCCCUCAAUGCCAGCAUCGUGGAUGCCAUCAACCAGGCCUCAGACUGCUGGGGCAUCCGGUGCCUGCGCUAUGAGAUCAAGGACAUCCAUGUACCCCCGCGGGUGAAGGAAUCCAUGCAGAUGCAG